AUUAACUUGAAUACUGCAGCCUCCUCUGAGCAGCAUAAGACCUUUCAGCUUUAUGACAAUAUCAGUUCUUUGCACACUUCUGCAUUGUCAAAUCUGAGGUAAUAAAGAACUCAAGGAAGGCUGAGAAUCACCUCGGCAGGAAUUUGAGAUGACAAAGUCUGCAGAAAAAAGCAAAAGGAGAGGUGACGUCACAAGCUACUGUGACUGGAUGUCGCAACUACCACCUGAACUUCACAACAUUCCUCUCUUUAAUCUGGCCAUACCAGGUAGCCAUGACUCAAUGAGUUAUGACUUGGACAUCAACUCCGCUAUAAUAGAGCCUGAUAACCUGAAAAGAUUGAGCAAGAUUUAUUGUGCACGUAAAAUAGUGCGCAAAUGGGCGAUCACUCAGGAGGAGACCAUCACAAAGCAACUGGAUGCAGGGGUUCGCUACUUUGACCUGAGGAUCGCUCGCAAGAGAAAUGACACCAACCCCACUAGACUUUACUUUUAUCAUGGGCUGUACACGCUGACUGAUGUGGAGACUGUUCUCAACAUCAUAAAUGACUGGGCAGAGAGGCACCCCAAAGAGAUCCUCAUCCUGGCUUUAUCCCACUUCAAGGGGUUUGACAAAAAGAUAGAAGAGCACCUCCACAUCCAUCUUAUCAACUUCAUCAAGACCUUGUUCAGAGCCAAACUCUUCCAUAAAAUGGACAUUCCUACCCUGAAGAGAUGCUGGGACCAAGGCAGAAACGUCAUAGUUUCAUAUGAUUAUCCGGCAAAUCAGCACCCUGAGAUAUGGAGUAAAAUAACUUAUUACUAUGGCAAGAGUAUGGACCCCACGGAAGUUAAAUCAGAACUUCGUCGGGCUUUGGAAACACGAAGACCUCUUCCCUGUUUCUUUGUAUGUGGCUUGAACCUGACUCUGCCAGAUGAUGCCAGGACACUCAGGUACAUCCUUCGCCUUUGUGACAACCUUGUCAACGUCAUAGGGAGGAGUCUGCCAAAGCUGCUGCAGUGGGUGGAAGAGCAAGCUGAAAAAACACCUAUGAACAUUGUCGCCUCAGACUUGGUGACUCGUGACGGCUUUGUCUCAACGGUUGUCAAGCUCAAUAUUUCGAAACGUGUGUAGAAGCAUAGUGGAAACACGUCUCAUUUCCUUCUGUCUUAAAAAAACCCAACUUGUUUUCACUGUUUUUCCUUUACAAUGAAUUCACUCACUCACAAACUAAUGAUGUAUUAUUAGAAGAACCCACACACACAGUGAUUGUUUUGAAUGUUCAUUGCCUGUUGGCGCGCCAUCACGUGUCAAUUUAUGGUCCUGCAAUAAAGUGUUCACCUCA